AUUCUAAAAAUGCUUAGGAAAGGAGCCUCGAUGCUUUCUUUAACCCUCCUUUAGCAUAGUUUACAAACGUUACGCUUCCUUUGCGAAAGGAAAGGAGUAUCCCAAAAUCCUUUACGGCGGCAAUAUUUAAAGCAACAAGCCAACGACGAAGUUUACCGACAUUACGUGAAGACGCAUGAGAGAAGUGGUAAAGCAGAAGAAUAGAAUAGAAGAAAAUACAAUUGAUAAUAAUGGAUACCAAUUCCAGAAACAUAAUUAUUUGAAUAUAAAUGAAUUCAUUUAUUGCUGGUUAGUGAGCAUAUAAAAUACACCAUAAGAAAAUAAAAUGUCAACUUCACAUUUAAGAAAGACUACUGGGGGCAGUUAAUUUCAACAUCACCAUAAGUGUAGCCACUUUUUUCUUCUCAUGUGAAUUGGAAUUCAACUGGCCUAAAAUAUUCCCGUAGGCCAAUUUCGACCUAAGUGAUUCUCACUGUUGGCGAUAAACUGAUUGAAAUCAAUCGACAAGAACGCAUGGAUCAAAGAGCGCUGUUUUAGUCAAUCUUCGGAAAAUUGUAGUUUCACACUAGAGACGCUAGAGGUCGACAAUACCCGCCGUCGCGCAAUGACGUCGGUUAGGAAGAGGAGUCCAAUUCAUUUUUAAACAGUGCUGUCUUUUCCUAUGUUCGAAAUGAAGCACCUUUUCAUCUCUCCUUGACCCGAUGACGUUUUCCUCAAAGGUUAAGGAAAGGAGGCAUAAAGGUUAGGGGAUUUGACCUUCGUAGAGGCCCCUGUUUGUUUGUUUUUUGACCACUGUCGUGUUUGGGAUUGAUUUCGCUUCAGGAAAUACCGUCUGCGACUGCGUGUUGCUCACGGUACUAGCUCGGGCGAAUUGUGAAGAGUAAAUUGUGAAGGGCUGCUAUUUUACCGAGCUUACGGUAAGACAACUUCACCCACAAUCUGUCACUUGCUGCGAUACGCGGCUCCCUUUUGCUUACGUUUUGGUGGACCACCUUUGUAAACAAAAAGAGCCUCUCCCCCUGUGUGUUCUCUGUAAAGAAAGCUAUCAUUAGCAAAUAGCUUGCGUCGCAUAUAACAAUAACGUUGUAGCUGCUGUGUAUGUGCCCGUGCAAAUGUAUGGUGUGAUGUUGGUAAAUAAUACCACAUAAACCAGUGUGGCUUUCUAAAUAGGAGAGGUGCUCAAUUAAUAUAGGCCGAUAGCAAAAUGUCUUGAUUAUCGAGUUAGAUAUUUCAACCCCUUAAAGGGAUACUUCAACCAUUCAGAACCGGCGUUCUAUCAUUAUAGAAUCGCUAUUGUAAUAUAUAUAUAUAUAUAUAUUCCCCUCAGUCUAACCCAGUCUUCCGUUGGCCCAGCUUUCUUGAUCUAAUUUUCUCCCGAGAUGACGUCAAAUGACGCGUUUGACGUCAUCUCGGGAGAACUUUGCUUGCCUGCUAGAAGGGCUGAGGACUACAAACCACUGGUUCCGCAAAUUUGCGAGCCCCCACUAAUAAGGAAUGAGGGGGGGCGGGAGCUCAAGUACGAGAUGUGAACACAAUGGCCCUCAUUUAUCAAACAAACGUAGAAUUGAGCGCAAAUCUGAACGCAUGAUUCAUCUUACGAUAGGACCCACGUGAGAUUUACGAAACCUUCGUAUCACACCAAUCCCAGCGUACGAAGGAUCUUGCGUUGAUAAAUACGGCGGCUGAGAUCGAUCGUAAUGAACGUGACACGCCCAUAUAAAAGCGCGUCUUCAGAAGUCUCGCCCCCAACUUUUACGACAUGGAGAAACGUCCAACGGUAAAAUAGAGGAAUUUUUCCGAGACCCAAAUGGAGCCGCUCGGGUCACUGGUGGAUGCGAACCGUCUGGUUUUAUUUGGCAGCCUAAAAGCUGGCAAUAAAGGCCAAGAAGAAUGCUAUAUGGAAGGAAAUAACUGUUGCAGUGAAUAUUGUUUCCAAUGUUCGUCGGGCUACGGAAGAGCACCCAUUCAACAUGGGCGACAGUGUGGUCCAGCUGGCCUCCAAGGGUCACCAUGAAAACAUCCUCUCCUCCCUGCACCAGCUGAGGCUUGGCGGGCAGCUGGUCGACAUCACGGUUCAGGUCGACCACCAAGGGGAGAUGGAGGUGUUCCAGGCUCACCAAGUGAUGCUCGCCGCCUACAGCGGCUACUUCAAGAGGCUGCUGCUCUCCCAGGACGCCGUGCCCGACAAACUGUUCCUCUCCAACAUACGCACGGCUAACUUCUCCAAGUUCCUGGAGUUUGUCUACACGGGCAAAGUGGAAGUGGCCAGGGACAAACUGGGCGACGUCCAGGCGGCCGCCCUCCUGUUGGACUGCAAGGACCUCUCGGAGGUCUGCGGCAAGGCCUUGACCGCGGGCGCACACCCGCCAUCUCCGGAGGCAUCAGCCGGUGUAGACACGGAGCAGAAAUCCCCCGACACCGACGCCACGAAACAGCCCAGACAGGCCCUGAAGAGGAAGCGGCCGCUGAAGAGCACCAAGAGAGACGUGGGCGGGGGCCCGCAGCAGGCUAAGAAGAAGCCGGCCAAGGCGAAAGAGUCGGUCAAGGAGGAAUCUGAGGUCGCGGCGCCCGACGAGGAGGGGGCACGGCGGGUCAGCAUCAGGCUGGCGGGUCGGAAGAUCCCCGUGGGUCUGCUAAAACACCGGGACAUGACCGACGAGGACCCGGAGACCACGGACCCGGACAGCCCCUCGGAAGCCGAGGAGAACCGCGCCGUCGAAGGGGCCGUCGCUCCGCCAGAGAGCCCCGCCGCCGCCAACGACGGGAAGAAGGCCAAACCCAAGGACGUGGAGCCCAUCGCGGCGGCGGUCGGCGGCGGCGGCGACGAGGAGAUCGAGGGCGGGGGGGAGGUGCGUUCGCUGGACGUCGACCCGGACCUAGCCAUGUACCUGUCGGACGAGGAGGAAGAGGGAGCAGAGAAGAGGGCCAAGAGGACCUCCAAAGCCCAGUUCCAGUGUGGCAGCUGCCAGAGGACGUUCCACUACGCCCGGAGCUACGUGAAGCACAUCAGCACUUACCACGGGGUGAAGGCAGAGGUGACGUACCGCUGCGAGACCUGCCAGCAGACCUUCGCCAACCGCGGCAACCUGAAGAUCCACCAGCAGCACGUGCACAACGACGAGAGGCUCUUCUCCUGCCAGGUCUGCGCCAAGACCUUCAAGCGCAAGAAGGACGUCAUCCGACACCAGCGGCAGGUUCACGAGGGACGCGGACAGCGCCACAUAUGUCCAGAGUGCGGCAAGACGCUGAGCUCCAAGACGGCGCUGUCGCUGCACGAGAGGACCCACACGGGGGCCAAGCCCUUCCAGUGCACCGAGUGCUCCUCCAAGUUCAGCCAGAGCUCCGCCCUCAAGAUGCACCAGAGGACCCACACGGGAGAGAAGCCGUUCGCCUGCGACCUGUGCGAGGCCAGGUUCACCCAGAAGCAUAUGCUGUCCUACCACAAGAGGUCCCACACGGGAGAGAAGCCCUUCAUGUGCGAGGCGUGUGGGAAGAGCUUCGCGUCCAAGGAGUACCUGAGGCACCACUCCAACAUCCACACGGGCUCCCGGCCCUAUAAGUGUCAGCAGUGUGACCGCGGCUUCGCCCAGAGGAACUCCCUGCACCAGCACCUCAAGAUUCACACAGGCGAGCGUCCCUACAGCUGCAAGGACUGCACCAAGCAGUUCACCCAGCUCAACGCGCUCCAGAGGCACCAGCGCAUCCACACGGGGGAGAAGCCCUACAUGUGCGGCCUCUGCAACCGCACCUUCACCGACAAGUCCACCGUCCGAAGGCACACCAUGACCCACGACACGGACGCCCCCUGGAAGAACUACCUGGUGGUGCUGCAGGGCAACGUGGAGAGCAAGAAGCCCAGACAUUCUUCCAAGGGAGGGAGCUCCGGGGCAGGGGAGAGCCAGGCCAAGGUCGAGGCCGACGGCGGAGGCAGUGAGGCCAACGGUUCAGAAGAAGCCAAGGCCGCGACCGAGGUCCAGACACAGGCACCCGCCGAGGCCAUCAUGGUGCCGGGCCAGCCCGUCACGCUGCCGGCCGACUGGGCCUCCCACGGCACCAUCGCCCUGGUCAGCCACAGCUCCAUGGGGGGGAUCACGGUCAUCCACGCCGAGAUGCCCCCGGGCACCCAGCUCCAGCCCAGCGUCAUCUCCCUGGACGGCGCCACCAUCGCGGUCCCCUUCUCCCUGGCGCACGCCAUGACACCCAUGACCACCGUCGUCACCACCACCGCGACCGCGACCACCUCGGACUCGCUCGACGCCUCGAUGUCCGAACCCGCCUUGGCGCUGACGGAGCUGUCGGAGGGGCGCGUGGCACUGCGGACCGCGUGCGUGCUGGAAGCCGCCGUCUCCCAGACCCUCCUGGCCCCGGGGUCGGAGGUCGGCCCCGGGGAGCCGGGCAUCCACGCAGAGGUUCCCUGCGAGGAUCAGUUUGCGACGGAACAGGCGGAGGACGCGCCGACGCCGCCGAGCGACCAACCGCUAAACACGGAAGAGGCGAGCGUCGACGAACACAAGGACUCCUCGGUAGCACAAGAUGUUUAGAACGGAUUGACUCAAUCCAAGGGACUUCACUUCUGGGUUCUUUCCAUGCGUCGGCAACUUCUGAAUUAUAAUUAAUCACUUGUCUCGGUAGGAAAUCAGCCUUGUUUUAUUUUAAGCCGUACCUACCUUCACAGGUAAAGCCUCGGAUUUAUCUAAUCUACUUUCGGUCCGACAUUAAAUAAGCAAUCAGUCAUCUAAUUUAAUAAAAACAAAAACCUUAGCCGUGUU